AUGGAGGACUCCAUAUUUCAAAUUCAUUUGGCAGUGAGGUACGUGAGGUCUUCUCCGGCAAGGUUACAGAAAUUUAAGGAGUGUGUGACAAAAGAAAAAAUUGAAAGUAAAGCUCAGUUGGUUCUCGAUGUUGAAACAAGAUGGAAUUCCACAUACUUGAUGUUGGAGGUGACAAUAAAAUUUCAGAAAGCUUUUGAGUUGUUGGAAAUAGAGGAUAGUAAGUAUUCAGAUGAGCUUAGUAGUGGGGAAAGGUUUAGGGGUUUGCCUACAUGCAUUGAUUGGGAGUAUGCACGAUACUUCUUACCUUUUUUGAAAGUCUUUUAUGAUACAACUCUACGUGUCUCUGGCUCACUUUAUGUCACUAGUAAUGCUUACAUGCAGGACAUUUUUGGCAUUGGAUUGAAGAUUUCAAAAUGGUGUAGAAGUGUAGAUCCUGGGUUACAUAUUAUGGCUCUAAGGAUGAAGGGGAAAUAUGAUAAAUAUUGGUCAAAUAUUGAUAAUAUCAACCUCAUGUUAUUCAUUGUAGAGGUACUAGAUCCGAGACACAAGUUAGAAUAUGUGAAUUGGGUUAUUAAUGAGUCUUUUGAUAUGGUUCUUGCUGAUAGGUUGAAGGCAAAAGUGAAGGAAGUUUUGGUGGCUUUAUUUAAGCAAUAUAGUUCGUUUAAGGUGGUCCUUAGUGCGCAACCAAGUGAGCAGACUCGAGUUGCAAUGGAGAUUGAUGUUGAUGAUGUAGAUCUUGAUAAUGAGGAGUUUAUGAAGGCUAUGUAUCAAGAGAAACAGGCUAGAAAAAAAGUUGUGAAUCACAAAACAGAGUUGGACAAAUAUUUAACGGAUGAUUGUGAAGAUGACAACAAGAGUUUUAAUAUCUUGCAAUGGUGGAAGUUAAAUUCAACAAAAUAUGGAGCUCUGUCUAUGAUAGCAUAA